AUGGACAUUGCUCAGAUCUUCAUUGGAAACUCUACUAACACCAGCAGCAGUGACUCUCGCCGGUGUAAAACCAUCAAAGUCUUCCAAAGAGAGACUAAUUACUUUAAAUGUGAUGAAGCAGUGUUGGGGCGCUACGUCCAUGUGUCCUUUCCACAACAAAAUCUUGUAGGUUCGUUAGUAGCGACGAUCUACGGAGAACGACAAGAUUCACCCUUUGUGCUGGUCAAACAGAAUAUGACGUGGGAAAAUGCUCUGUACUACUGUAGGGACAACGACAUGGACCUGGCUUCCAUCACUGAUAAAUACAUCCAGGUUUGGGCUAAGCUGGAGGCUGAGAAAGCUGACACUGAGUUUGUGUGGUUGGGCCUUCACUACACCUGCACCCUGGAGUUCUGGUUCUGGGUCAAUGGUCAUGACUUAAAAUUUGAUAAGUGGGCUCAAGGUGAAAAAACAGAAGACUGUGGCAUGAGUGCUGUCAUGGACAAAAAUGGGACAUGGUUCAGGGGGCGUGACAAUGACACAUUUAAUUUCAUCUGUACAAAGUAA